GUGUAAACAAUGUCGAGAACGAAACCAUUACAAUAAAGAUCAACUGACAUUAGAAAAUUAAAAUGGAUGGAAAUACAACACAUCAAAAACAAGUUGUGUUAGCGAACCGUGAAGUAGACGAAGAAGAGGCUUUGGAGAUAAUUCUUUAUGGUUUCAUUUUCCUCAUCAUUGGACUUACCAGUCGAAUGCUCUGCUCUUUGGUGCAGUAUCCGCUCAACCAUCAUGUGCCGAUUGUCAUUGCAGGAUUCAUCAUUGGGGAGUUGUCCUACUACUUCCCAAGGCUUGAAGAUCCUAUGCUGAUCAAUCAUAUUGGACCCCUCCGCUUCUUCUACCUGUACAUUCCACUUCUGAUAUUUGACGGGACCUUUAACGCUGAGGUUCACUAUCUCAAAGUGAUGGUGUAUCAUUUUGUCUUGGUGGUGAUUCCAACUUUAGUUGUGACAUCAGUUAUUGUGACAUGCAUUGGGAUCUACUUGCUACCCCUAGACUGGAAUACUGGAGACUUUAUUAUGAUGGUCUCCAUGACAAUGACCAGUGGGCCACAAGUGACCAAAAGGUUUCUUUCAUCAAUGAGUGCAGAGCAUGACCUUAAGAUGAUGCUGGACUCAGAAUCCAUACUGGGCAACAUACUGGGAUUCACUCUCUAUAGAUUUAUAACCCUUCACACCAUUUUAAGAAAUUUUUUCAACCUGAUACCUUUCUUCUUUGAUGCUUGUUUUGGAUUUAUUUUGGGAAUCAUUAUUGGCAAGAUUAUGAUCUUUUGGCUCAGUAAGAUCUUCAAAGAUCAUGUAAAUCAAACAGCAAUUGUUUUAGCCUUUAUCUAUUCAUCAUAUGCCUUAUGUAUUUUACUAAAAGUCUCAGGCUUGAUAUGCAUGCUAACCAUGGCUUUAGUUUUGGCACACAAAAGGGCCAGUAUGACAACUCAGUCUAUCACCAUUCUCAACAAAUUUAUGGAGCUGUCACUGUUUAUGUUUACAUGUGUGGCAGCAGUGCAGGCAGGAAUUUAUCUUGCCACUGUAGUCCAGACUGUCAUCACUUUUGAAGUGUUUUUUAUUGCUGUUGGUUUCUACAUCCUGUCUUCACUGCUUCGGGCAAUGGUACUGUUUGCCACCUACCCCUUGUCCAGGUAUUAUCUACACAAUUGGUCUCAUGUCUACAUAAUGUGUGCCUGUCACCUCAGGACAACUUACUCAUGUGUGUUUGCAUUUUUGGUGCUACAAAGAGAACAAACUACAAGUGUCAAAAUUCUUUUUUCUGUGACUCUAAUACAAAUCCUGAUUUCCUGCAUUGUCAACUAUGCCCUGGCAACUUAUGUCAUCAAUGUCAUUAACAGAAGGACCCUCAGUGCUGAAAAAGCUCAUAUGGUGGAGAAGGCUGCCAAAUUGCUUCAGGACCUCAAGCUUGUUACAAGUCAUUCUCUUAAAACCACAAUGUUUACAGCUGAUGCAGAUUGGAACACAGUGAACCAGUACACAAAACUCAAGGAGGAUUUUAUGAACAAAUAUAAAGGGAAGACUUGGCUGAUGACAAAGGGUAGUCAAAGUUUGAUACAUGAUUUGGAGUCUGUGAGGCUACAGGCUAUCAAGCAAGUGGUUGUUGCUGAAAAAACUUGCUACAUACGCCAGUUUGAAGAAGGCGUCCUCUCAAGACAGUCAGUGCUCAAUCUUAUGAUUCAGGUCAAUGAGGCAAUCAAACUCAAACAACUAGUAAACCCCUUCAGUUUUAUAUCAGCUAUGUCAAACAAGAACAACUUCAUCUGCAGAAUUGAACAUGACCUAUAUGAGUUAAUGGCCGCCAAACCCGCCCCUGUGUUCACCAAAUGUGUGGUGACCAUUGUUCACCUGAUUGAUUUCAUCAUUGUGGUGUACUCACUCCUGGCGCACUACUUUGAGAGCACCCACUUCCUCAGACAGCUGCUCAUCAACUUGUACAACAUCAUUGUCUUCUUCUUCUUUUUUUUUAGCAUGAUUAUAACUAUGAUACAAACCCGAAGUUUUUCAUCCACUGGUUUUAAAAAUAUGAUUCAACGUGCAAUUCUCUUUUGCCUUUUAAUUGAUCUGAUGUUUACUGCUGUUCCAUUUUUUUUGUUUAAAGAAAAUCUUUGGGACUUCAAUUCUCAAGAGACAUUAGCAACUUUUAUCUUCAUACAAGAAUUGUUUGCCUGUACCAGACUUCUCCGCUUGUUUCAUAUCAUCAGGUUCAGCACUCUGUUGCAAAAAGUACUUUUAGAAAUAGUUACCAAGAAAAUGGAACAGAAGAUAUUUAUUGGAUGUGAUAUGUCUGUAGGAUUUAUCAAAGGGGCUAUGGAAACAUUAAGAAAGGCUAACAGAAUUGUGGAGGAUCUUAGUAUCUCCAGCAAACUAAAAUAUACCUGUCAUAUAUGUCGCUUGAUCCUAGCUCAACAUUUGGGAUUGUGCCAAGUGGACAACCCUGGUGUUAUGCUGGCACUCAAGUCAAAGACCGCCAUACGUCUGACCCUGAAUGCUCAAGAGCAGAGACUACUGGAGAUCAAAGAAAUGGGGCUGUUAGGUGACCAGGACUUUCAAAUCAUACAGAAGAAAAUUGAGAGCAAAAUGGUCCAGGCCCAGAACUUCCCCUCCAGCAUUGACCCCCUGGGACACAAGUCAGUUCUGCUUCACCUGCCCUGGGUUGAUGGGAAUGUGAAAGUUGCCAACUACAUAGAGGAAAACGGCCAUGCAAUUCUUUUUAACCCUAAUGACAUCAUAGUGACUCAAGGCUACAAACCUGGAGGCAUUUUCAUCAUUCUCAAUGGCCUGGUCAGGGUGGAAAGUAUUCUUGGUCGAGACAGCUUGCAAGAGGACGAACAGGCCGAAGUUAGCCAAAGAAUUUUAAAUGAAAGUUCAAGGAAAGCCUCCUACUUCGUGAAAAGUUUAACUAACAAAGUAGCAGCACUGUAUGACAGCAAGGUAGAACUCAAAGACUUUCUAGUCAGAGGAGGCGUCAUUGGCGAGAUGUCUACACUGACGGGAAAACCUGGCCACAAAACCUACAGAUGUGCCACCUAUGUUGAGACCUACUUCAUCAGCCAUUUUCACCUGAUUGAAUUGAUGGAGGGAGAGCCAGAUGAGAGGCGGCCCAUGCGGGACCUGGAGAUGAAACUCUGGAGAACAGUGGCCAUUAGACAAGCUGUGCGCAUUAUCCUCAGUGAAAUUUCAAGUGGGAGCUUGUCUCGAAUGCUGAUCUACAAUAGGAUGUCAGACUCCUACAUUAUAGAUGGUAACAUGACCAGGGUGGUUGACAUUGUACCAACAGAGGUAGCUGCUGUCAUCCUCAUACAAGGUUAUGCCAAAAAUUACUUCAGUGAAGCUCGCUUUCUGGGACCAUGUAUAAUCCCUUACUACAUUUCCAAACUUGUCACAGAGCCUGAGAGUGGGCCUCGAGUUAUCUUUCUCUGCCUGAAGAACUCCAUGACGGAGGAGGGAACACUGAUGGAGAACUUGAUCCACGAAGAGCUGGGUAUAGAGACUGAAAACCAGUCGGAGAUUGAUGAUGACCUCUUGACCAUUUCGUCUGGCUCUUCAGAUGAUGGGCCCCACCGCAGAGCCAAGAAGUCUAUUGCAGAAUUGGUUGACAAAUCAGUCCUCUAUCACCGCAUGUUUGAGGCCAGCAGUACGGCUUGUUUGGAAGAGGAGAAAGAAAAUAUGAAGAAACGUUUCUCUACCUCCAUCUAAAGCUGGUGCUGCAUGUGUACCAUUAACAAACCUCAUCUAUAUAGUGUCAAAUGUCAUAACCAUUAACAAACCUCAUCUAUAUAGUGUCAACAAAAUGUCAUAACCAUUAACAAACCUCAUCUAUAUAGUGUCAAGAAAAUGUCAUAACCAUUAACAAACCUCAUCUAUAUAGUGUCAAAUGUCAUAACCAUUAACAAACCUCAUCUAUAUAGUGUCAAGAAAAUAUCUCAUCUCAUUCACUUAUGGACCAACAUGAAAUCACCCACUCAAUAAAACUAGGGUAAAGGGUUUUAAUAGGAAAGAUUAAGCUCUUCACACCAAAAUAUAGAAAUAGAAAACAAUAUUAAAAAACUG